AUGAGUACUGAUACUGAGUUCAAGCCAUUGGCAUCACAGAUUGCUGGUCAUACUAAUGAUGAUCCAGGCAGUGAGAAUAUACCAGGUUUCUUGGUGACAGCUGACGGAUUCGUCUUUAAGCCUGUACCAGGAUCAAGAGGAAAGCGUGAACUAGAGUUCUACAAGAACUACAGCACUUAUGAUGAAGACUUUAAGAGAUUCUUGGCAAGAUUCGAUAAAGUAGUUGAUGUAAAGGGUACCACUUACAUGGGUAUUGAGGAUCUUACAUUCCCAUUCCAUCAGACCAAGAUCUGUGUUGCUGAUGUCAAGAUGGGCACGAGGACAUAUGACAAUGACGCGUCAGAGGAGAAGAGAGCCAACCAGAUACUCAAGUCACAAAAGACAACAUCAUCAACUCUUGGCAUUCGUUUCUGUGGAGCCAAGCUCUACCAUCCUGAGACCAAUGAGACUGUGAAGUUGUCAAAGAAGUGGGGAAAGAACUUGACAAAGGACAACAUCAAGACUGAGGGCAUUAUCAAUCUGUUCUCAAGCGGCAGUGGUAAGGUGAAUGUUGAGGCUGUGACCGCCUUCAUUGCCGAGCUCAAGGUGCUCCAGUCUUGGUUCAAGAAGAACACCAAGUACGCCUUCUAUGGCUCUUCAUUGUUGUUUGUCUUUGGCCAUGUUCAUGAGCAGCAUCGCAAGCAUCACAACGUCAUCAUGGUGUCGCCAGAGAUUGGUGUCUCUCUCAAGAUGAUCGACUUUGCCCACGUCGAUCCAUUGGACAAGGGUGCACUUGACGAGAGCUACUUGACCGGUCUGGAGAACCUCAUCAAACUUAUGCAAGAGGUGCUAGAUGAUGCCAAGAAGUAG